AUGUCCAGCAAAGCCACCACAUCAUAUCUUCACCCCAUGCUCGCCCCUCUACGAACCAUCGUCGCCCGCCACCCAGUCUCGAGUGAUCACGAUACUGCACAUGCUUAUGGCGCACUCAGAGAAUAUCUAGACUCCGUCAAGCGGACCGAAGAUCCGGACGCUGUCCUACCUCUCCUUCGAGUGCACUUUCGUGACCUGGCUGAGUCCAUAGAACAUGACAUCAUGUAUGCGACAUACCCUAUGGACUGGCUGAAAAUGGAAGGAAUAUGGGAGGCGGAAUCAGAGGAGUUGUACGCACGCGGGCGGAUAUAUGGCGGGGCGCUACGAUGUUUCGAGGCACUGCGCACAUUUGAUGUGUUGUGUACAUUCUUCGACGAGCUGCUUGUUCAGUAUAGCCAGGACUUUCUACGCAUAUACCAGACUAUUAUCGCCAUUGUCGGCGCGUCCACGUUAUACUUCGAAGUCGGGAACAUACGGCCAAAGGCUGCGUACACACUACGGAUGCGACUAUCUCGUCUCCCUGAAGCUUUGCUCGACGAAUUGUACGAGCCGUACGUUGAGGCUAUGCAUGCAGUUCUGCAAAACAAGGAGUACGCCCAGAAAGAUGACGACGUAUUGCACUAUAGCAUCCUGUCAGUAGCCAAUCUCAUCAACGAAUACCCGUCCACAGCCCUCCCUCACCUUACGCCUCUUCUCCCCGAGCUAUACCCGAUACUCACUUCCUGCUAUCCUACCCUCCGUACGCGGGCGACACAAGCCGUCACUGGCAUAGCGCACGCGUAUUUAUUCUAUCCGACCCCGGAAACCAGUUCAUCUGACUUUGAGCGAGAAAUUGGUUAUCCAUUACGCGACUGGAGUAAAGCCGAGGGCAAGCUGCGCUCGGCGAACGUCGACGACACAUUCUGGAAUAGGCUCAGGGAGAGUAAACGCGGAGGGGGCACAUGGGCAUGGAGAAUCAGUGCGACGUUGCUGGCCCUUCUGGGCCGGAGGAUCUGGUGGUUACCAGGAUCGCUGAAGAUGCUCACAUUCUGCGUACAACCGGACAAGCCCAAGGACGACACACCUCUGUCAUCAUCUCCAGGUUCCUCAGAUGGGGGCAGCGUGGCAGGAUCCCCUGCUGCAGCUCCCGCGUUUGAUGAGGAUGAUAGUGGCACAUCUCGCGAGGAGCUCACGGCCGACAUCUAUCGCAUACUAGCGCACUCGUUUGCGUGUAUGCGGCUCUGGCAACAAAAGCAUAGCGAGUCCGUGUCACGCGUUGAGAAGAAGAGCCAAAGCCAACAACCUGUGACUGAUCAUUCGCUAUCGCUACUUCUCGACGCCUGGCCCUCUCUUCCAACUCCGGCCGCACCCGAGCCGCAUCAACCGUCAAAUCCAACACAAUCUUACGCUGGCAGCACGUACUCCGCUGCGGCGUCCUUCGUACCCGCGAUGCUCUGCGCGCUCGGUCCGAAAGCGGACGACCAAGAUAAGGCAUGGAACAUCAAUGCCGCUCUCAGUAUUGUGCGACGAAUGGUCCAGGACGGCGCCAAGGACGGAGAAGAUAUGCUUGCACGACUGGUGGGCACGUCACUAGGUAGAGGGGAGGAUGUUGAGAUGGAAUCCGACGAGGACGGAGACACGGAGAUCGUGCGACGAGAGGCUGUACUUGCCCGUCUUCUCAGCUGUCGCGCUCUCGGGAAAUCAAGUGCACCUGCUGAAACACCUGUUGGCGCAUCGGAUGUGAUGUCCUUGAAUGAUCACGAUAUCGUAACCCAUUGGACGGCGCUGGCGGAUUGCUGGGCGAUGUUAGUGCAGCACAGUUCAUACAGUGACAAGGCCAUCUUGGUCUUUGAGGCGCUCCUGCGGUCUUCGGCUCCACUGCAGGACAAGAUUCGUCUUGUGGAAGCAUUCACGACAAUUAUCGUCCUCCCACCUGACGGCGAUUCCUCGGCAUAUGACCUUCAGUGUCAGUUCUGGGAUGUAGCCAUCAAGCGUCUGAGUGGCGAGAUACUCCAACCGGUAGCGCAACCUCUGCUACAGGCACUACUCACUUCACCACCCUCUGAGGCGGGGGACCUCUCGUCUCGUACCACAUGGGCCCGCCUUGCCUGCAUGUUGGGCGCUGGAGAUAUGCGAGACGGAUGGUCCGCAGUCGAAGAAGUGGUCCGCGGAAUGUCAACAAGCGCCGUCGACAACACUGAUGCGCUCACUCUUGCCGUUGCUCUGGCGCGCUCUGCGCCGCUGCGCUUGGAAGCGACACAGAGCUUAGGGUUCAUCUCCCAGUACUUGAAGGGGGCUUACGAUACUCUUCACCAGACCGCCACGCGGACGGAUGUUCCUACUUUCACGAUCUUCUCCAUAUUACAGGCCAAUGUCGCAUCUCGUGGAAUCAGCAUUCGCAGUGUGGUCACACUCUUGCCCGGCCUUGACGCCUGGGUCGGCGACGGGCGACACGCUAUCCCGGACGACUUAUACAACGACGUGAUCGUCAAGAUGUUCGAGGUCCUGCUUGACGCCCUUGAGCCACCCAUUAUCGCCAACGCGCCAGAUGCGCCUCCGACGUCCUCCUGUCCAUCGGAUAUAAUCUCUCUCUCGGACCUGACUGCACUCGCACCGCUCUUCACAUCCGCCAUGGACCGACUCACUCAGCCUGGUCACGCUGCGGACGCUUUGUGGGCCUUCUGGACACGCGUGCACGGCCGUCUUGGUCUCAAGGGAGACGACUAUCCGUAUCAGAUUCAGGCCAUUGUAUCGGCACUCUGCGUCUUUCUAGGGCACGAGGUGCCGGAGGGGAUGGAGACGCAGGAAGACACGGGUGCGAGUCAGAUGGGCGGGCAGGGGACACCCUCAAUACAAAUGUCACAGCCACCAGCACAGGAACAGAAUCCUAAGGGUAGCUCGCAGUUGGACGGACAGACGUCAUCGGCCAUGUACUGGGCCGCUCAAUCGAGCCUGUCUAGUCGGCUUCUCAAGACACAGCAGCCGCGAUUGGCGAGUAUGCCUUUGCAAGCACGGGUGUUGCCCAGCCCGUCGCAGCUCGCGGGAUUAGCAGGUCGGGUGCAGGCGUCCCUCGCACGGCGUGAGGAAGCGGAGGCGCCGCCCGCUAAGCGUCGUCGACUUACGCCUGAAGCGGAGGAGCGGGAUGAAGCGCAGGGUCGUUCGGGCUCCGCUCGCAUUCACUUUCAGCUACGCGGACCCACCGCUGCGCGACGUCCCCCAUCCCGACAGGAAGAGGAGCUGCCAGCACACUCGCACUCGGAUACCAAUCAUCCACAGACUGCGUCUUCGAGUCGCUCACGCAAGUCUCAUUUACCGACGCCUGCACCAUCCGAAGCCCCGCUGUCGUCUCCCAUCGGCGAACCUGACGAGUUAGCUGGGGAUGAUGAGGAAGUCGUGCCCGCAUCUGAGCCAGAUGACGAUUGGGACGGGGAUGAGGGCAUGAUCGUUGACGAGGAUGAUGGAGAUGGAGACGAAGAGGACUGCAGGAAGGACGCUACAAGGAGCAUACAGUGUGCGCGAGGACACGCUGAGGAUGUACCUGGUGUCGGGUACGGAGACGGCGGUAACGUGACGCGGAGUUCAUUAUUCGGGCGGUACUCGUAUAGCAGGCGGGAGAAGGAUGACGAUGAAAUAGUACCUGCCACACCAGGUGCAGACGACGACCAGGACUACUCUUCCCCGGCCGCGAAGUUCUUCUCCAGCACGCGCAAACGUAUCACGAGCGGCACAUCACCAAUCCUCACGUUCAAUCUCUCGUACUCCCACGCCGGAUCCCCGAGCCCGAAAGUGCCUCCCACUCACCGAGCGUACUUUGCGGAGAGUCCUGUUGGUGCCGAUUCUCCGCCCGCACAGUACUCGUACUCUGAACAGGGCUCGAUCGAGUUUCUGCGGAGGUUGCCCCGAGGUCAGAAGCCGACCGGAGCAGCGGCGAGCGCAUCCAAUGCGUAUGCAUGGCAAGACGAAAGCGGGGAGAUCCCAGGGCUCGGAGGCGGCGAUAUACCUGGAUUCGGCCCCGUCGGUGCUGGCGCGGGUGACGGCGGCCCAAGCACCCAACCCGGCCAACCUGACCCAGAUGUGUCCGGGAGGUUCUCCUACUCUGAACGAGGCUCACUUGAGAUGCUUCGAAAUCUUCCGAGAGGUCCAGGAGCGUUGGGCCUUAGAACAGACUCAGGAUCGCACGCGAAGGGUGCAGGAGCCUAUGAAAGCGAUGAUGGCGCGAUCCCUGGUUUGGGCGGUGAUGCUUUACCUGGGCUUGGUGGAGAUAUACCGGGACUGGCUCUGGGAGGUGGCCCCAUAUCCCAGACCAUACCGGGCUUUGAUAAUCUCGUUGACGCCAUCAAUACCGUCGAGACGUACGUGGCGCGGGGCGUGAAGGAUGAGAGGGCAUUGGCCGAGUUGGCAAGGUUGCGCGGCGCAUUGGCGAGAUUAGAGUGA